AUGCGGAACUUGAAAAUCUCGUCGGCAGUUGUGUUGGAAACUUGGCUGGGCGCCAGCGAGCGGCAAGAGCAGCAGUCGCUUCCCAAAAUCAACGAGAUUGAAGCGAUGUGCGUGGACAGUGAAAAACGCAUUUUUUGCGCGUGCAUCGCUGGAGUUUAUGAAGUUUCCGCCAGUUCACCGGAAUUAAUUGACUGGACGCAGCAGCGCGGCGAUGCGGCACUGGUAGCAUUCGACUAUCUCAGCGAUGACUACCGCCUCUGUGCUGUUUUCUCCUCGGGUAUCGUGACCUUUAUCGACCCUGCAAAUAAAAUCGUUCGUUUUUUGCGACGUUUUCGUCUUCCAAAAAACUGUUAUUUCUGGCAGGCAGGCUGA